AUGCUGAUAGAGAAAGUAUUGGAGACAGAUGUUGGAAUCAUAAAAGUGGUUGUGAUAGCUCACUCCAAAUCUUGUGUCUUAUCUAUAAGCAGUGACCCCCUUGCGCUUGGAUCCCUCUCUAUUUUGGUUCCGUGUUUGGAUGUACCCGGAACAGCGGUGGGCGUAACCUUGCUGGACGAUGGUCCAUGUACAUGCGAGAGACUAAUAGAAAUGCUUUCUGCCAAGUACAAUAUCCAGAUUAUUCUCAAUUCUAAGAUAGAGGAACUUGUUUGGGCAGAGAGGUCCACAAACAAACUCAUAACGCAGACGCUAGUGAGUCUCUUUGAAGAGAUUUAUAAGCCAGAAAGUAAACAAUAG